ACUGCGCAAUUGAUUGUGCACCGCUACGUUAUCAAAGAGAGUAGCAUCAAGUAGAUUAGCAUGUAGACCUAAAAUCGCACUCUGUGACGAAGGUUUGACCCCAGCCUUUGCCAAUGUAGCUGACAUGUCAUCCGAAAUGUCACUCGAGCGUUAAACAGACAACUGUCGUCGAGUGAAGCGGUGAAGAGCAACAACUCCAUGUGCUGAUUACGGACGUCGGAAUAUACAACAGAGAGUGCACUGGGGAUUUCGAGGGCGACUAGACGGACCCCCUCUCACUCUCCCUCCCUCAUUCCAGUCUCUCCCUCGCGCAAAGUUUUCCGUCCUGUGACAGGAUAACAUCGCUAACAAAGAGCAUUUCUGGCAGUAAGAAACCGCACAAAUGGAAGCAGUUGAGAAAACUCUCACUUACCGAGACGACACCGGACCUUAUAGAAAGCUGCUUCCUGGAAAUGAAGACAAAAACCAGUGCAACACUAAGGCAAAAAGUGACGAAUCCAAUUAUGUUGAUUUGGAUGAUUUACUUGAUAUGAAUUCAGAGUGCACAAAAACUGUUAAAGUGACUUUCACCGGUGACGGUAACCAGCUUGCAGUUUUCAAAUGCAACAGUGAUACGUCCGGAGAGAGGAGCCCCGGGGUUCGCGAGAUUGAUGACAAUGUGGAUCAAAUCUAUGAGGAAACAUCGAAGGACAGGUGGGCAGAUAGGCCUGUCUUGGAAGACCCCCCCAUGGACACUUAUUUGACAGAAUUUAACAGAAAUGUGGACUUGGGGAAUGACAAUACGACAGAAUCCCAGAGCGAAAUUGUGCCUCGUGAUUAUAAUGUCCCUAGCGAGUGUGAGGAGUUACAAUACACAGACAUGUAUUUGAACAGUAAAACCGAAUCGGACGACGGUGAGAGCGUAGUAUUGUCAGACCAUUGUGCGCCUGAUACGGUGAUGGACGAAUCGCACUACAUUACAACGCACGAAAUCCAACUGACAGAGCUUGACCAUGAUGUCGAUUAUGAUUUUGGACGGGGAAACUGUUGGGAUAUUGAGGACGAUAAUCUGGUUUAUUCAUUUGUGGAUUAUGCCUCUUUUGAAAGCGAUGAAACAACGGAGGAAACUUUGAUAGGCCUAGUGGAUGGUAGGAGCCAGGCGAAAGUAAAAAGCAGCAAGGCGCAAUGUAAUGUGCACCAACGUGUUUCUGGUUGUGCAGUUGUCAGCACUGAGAGUGAGUUUUGUGACUCUGACAAAUGCCCCAGCUCAGAUGAAAGCAUUUGUAAAAAACAAAACAGUUGUGGGAAUUCGGCGGGGCAAAUUCACCUGUCAAUCAAGACGUCAUCAAGAGCAAUAAACGACUCUAACAAUAUCAUUGAGAAUGAAAACAUUUGUUAUAAUACCAAGCACAUGGGAAACAGGAGUCACUUCUUUUUUACAAGCACUGACGCCAGAGCUGAAGCCUUGUGCGAUAGAUCCCAAUAUUUUAUCCCAGCCCCGGGACGUCAACACUUUGCAACUAAAUUAAGAGGGAAAGAUGUUAACGAAUAUUCCAGCGGUGCGUCAAGUUCGAUUAGUGAACUGGACGACGCUGAUAAAGAAGUGCGUAAUUUAACCGCCAAAUCAUUUAGGAGUUUAGCAUGUCCCUAUUUCGAUGCUAUAAAUUUGAGCACUUCAAGUGAGUCUUCAAUGUCAGAAAAUGGGCUUGGCUUAAACAAGUGGUCAGCUUUCGUUGACCUUAAAUAUGGUAAUAUGUCACAUGGCAGAGAGCAAAAUCUAAUCGCCCAUAAGAGUGCAACUGCAACUUUUGAAAUGAACAAGAACGCAGACUAUAAGAGUAUACAUGGUAUUGCCAUAAGCAACAAGAAAGUACCCCAAACCAAGAUGUUUUCUUUGAAUACAAAAAUAUCUAGUCCACAACAUGCAUCUUCCUCUACCCAAAACGUAGAGCUUACAGGCCCAUUUGAACCAGGCAGUGAGGUUAUCACUUUGACAAAGACAUUGAAUUUUCGCUGUAAUGUUGAAGCGGGGUCACCUGAACCCGGGAAGUCUCCCAAAUAUUCAGAAAAUGUGUCAGGAGCACGUUCCAUGGAUGAAGUUACCGGCACCUUGCCAGCCAAGCCAGGAUAUGAAGUGAGCUACCAACACAGUGACGCGGGUGAUAGCAUGGAAGGCACACAUAAGAAUGCAAGUUUCGCAUCAAGUCUCUUAAAAAAUGUAAUUUCCAAAAAAAUGCAAUUUGAACAGGAGCGUAAGAUGGAGAGGGGGGAGAUACGGGACACGCAUCCCACGCACUCCCCAUGCUUUCAAUGCAAGGAUAAUGAUGGGAUAAGGGAGAGGGAUACAGAGAGAGGCGUGCAUAGUCAAUCCACAAAAUCGGGUUCGGGAUACACAAGCAAUUAUUCGGAUGAACAAGGGGCUGUGGACAGUAGACCUAAUUCUUGUGACCCCAAGGAAGAGCGUACAAGAACAUUAGCAAGCUUUCAGCCCAUAAAUGAGGCAAGACUAGAUUCUCAAAGGGAUGCAUGCGAGCCGACAAGAGGAUCCCUGAGCCAUAGCCAAAACAGCGCAUUCAAAUCAUGGAGGGAUGGUGAGCCAGAGCCCCAAGAUGAACAUGAAAUUCGUACCGUUUUAGAUGGGACACACUCCACAACAGAUAACACGGGGGAAAGGGAGUUAGACACGAGGUCUGUAAGUAGCAAGCUAACUAAAUUGUCACACUUGUUUGUUCCAAGUUCCCAUCGUCUCCCUAAAGAUACGGAAUUGAAAGAACAGGUGUCAGACAGUACUUUACUCGGUGCGCAAAAAGAGCAACAGGGGGACAGAGAGAGAAAGUUAAGACCUGACAACAAUGCAGGAAUCGUGAAAGGGUCAAAGGCACCCGAGAUAAAAAUACGCCUGAGGAGCGUAAAAGAAAACAAAUGCAAUCCGCUAAAUAUUGACAACUUGUUAACCCCUAAUAUAAGUUAUCCAAUAAAGUCAGCAGGUGACUCCAAAUGUCAGGUGCUGCCAGCGUCAGACAGAGUGCCACACUUUACGGUUAGGGAUAUAAGAGACAAUAAGUGCAAGUUUCAGACGCCAAUUCAUCAGGUAAGAGACGUACGUAAAUUGGUCAAGAGUUCAUAUCGUUUAGUCUCAGUGGAUAACAGCGAGAGUAAAGGCGCAGUCGCCCCUGCAACUGCCUCAUUACGCGAAGAUAAUAAAGCUUCUAAGAAACUACCCGGUAAAAAAUCGCCUCCCUCUUCAAUUGUAAUAAAAUGUCAGUCUGUAAAUACAAAUAGCAGUACUAAACAAGGUGUGCUUGUAACCGAGGCUCCAAAGCAGAGACAAAUUGAGAACGAUAGGUCAUCCCCAAAACCAUCUCCAGACUGUGCCAAAAAUGAACCCACGUCGCUGCACAGGGCGACGGGCAGACCUCCAAUUGGCUUCGCUAAACACCCCAACACAGAUCAGUCCGAGGCUAAACAGAAGCAGGAAAAAAUGGUCGAGGCAGGUGAACGCAAACCGGAGUCGAAAAUACCAAAACAGGUGGCGUUAGAGAAACUAAAGGCGGCCGUUAAAACAAUGGAACAGCUUUAUGUUUUUGACAGAAAUGAAUGGAAGCGCAAGAGCCAGGCUCCCUGGCCUAUUACAGACAGUCAUGUUCUGCCACUCAUUGCUAAAGAGGAGCAUGGUGGCCCGGAGGAGCUAGGUUCAGCAGGUGACAGAGAGAGGCUUAUUACAGAGACAAACACAGACAGGUUGCCAGAAACAUGCAACAUUCAAGAAGAGAAAGGUUGUCUAAGAAUAAUCCAUGUCCCAUUCACAAAGAACACAUUUAAAACCCAGUCACAACAAAGUAAAAUGUUUAGCAACAAAAGUGUGUUUCAUUUGGGGAACAGCAUUAAGACAGCUGUCAGUAGCAGCAGCUUUGCUAGUAGGAAUGGGCCACAACCCUGUUCUCCAUCACAUGCAACCUCUAUGGUGAAAAGCAUUAGCACUAAGACCCCGAAAGCUCCACUCUCAUUGAAAAUAUGCCCCUCAAAACGAGCGCUGGAGGACAGGGGAAGGUUCAAAAGCAGCUCCACCACAGAGACAACACCACAGCCCAUCAAAUCUGGCAACCCAGACUCUGAAAACUACUUAACAAUACCUGUAGAAGGCCGGUGUGUCGGUCAAGUGAAACUGCCCAUUCAAGAGCAGAUAUUCCCAAGCAGCCCUGCUGCCAGUCAACCUGGCAUCACCGACACCAAGAGAUCCGAGCAUAAUUCUAUCCAGUUUCUCAAACGGUCCCCUGUUGUCAUGGAGACGCGGCCCCCGGAUACCCCCACCAUCCCCACUACCGCCACCAUCUACCACCACUCUCUACCAGUGGUCAAGCAAGGAGCCCCCCAGCCGCAGGUGUUCUGCUUCUCCCCGUCCAUUGCCCCCUUGCCCACAACCCCUUCGGGGGGAAACCCCUUCCAGCCUACCCAGAGGAAGAUGCUCUUUGAUCCCACCACCGGACAGUACUACCUGGUGGACACUCCGAGUGAGCCAGUCACCCGGCGUCUCUUCGACCCUGAGACGGGCCAGUAUGUGGACGUGCCCAUGCCUAUGCCUAUGCCACAGCUGCAGCCAGUGACCCCCAUGUCGGUGUCCCCCCUGGCGCUGAACACGGGAGGGGUGUACUCACCCAACUACAUGAUCUACCCGGGGUUCCUCUCACCCAUACUUCCUGCACAGACAGUGAUGACACCCCAGGUCGCAUCCUGCGUGGCAUCCCAAUUGGACGACGAGAGCGGGAAUACUGCUCACAGGAAAUACACCCUGGUGCGUGGGGGGGGACAGGAGGGUAACAUGCCGGGGGCAGAGAGCCCCUACUACAGUGCUACUGGAGGGUCAGUGCCAGCAUCAGUGCCCGUCACCUUGGGCCACCACGUCACCACCCGGGGGAGUGCGGCCUUGUCAGAAGGGAAACCACCGGUCAUCAGCAUCACGUCCCAGCAACGCCCGAGAAUCAUUGCACCACCCUCCUUCGAUGGGACGACCAUGAGCUUUGUGGUGGAGCAUCGGUAACCACCAAGGGAAUAUACACAGAGUGCUUCUUGAGGAGCCUGUCCUGUGAUAAGUAGAUGUUUCAUGGUAAUCUUCUCACACCCUUCUUCGCACCCAGUCCACCAAAUUCCACCUGAACCCACAAUGUUUCCAAGCCCAACCACCUGCCACCAUCACCGCCCCAUCCAACCCUAUCCUGCCGGUGGUCUUUGCAGCACGUCUGUAUCUGUAAAGCUAUGCUUCAUGCCUACCACUUGUUUGUAAGGUAGCUAAUUGCUUUGUAAAAGUGCUUUCAGAUCUGUAUUUAGAUUACAGAACAUUCCUUUUGUUCAAAAGCAAUUGGAUUCAGGCACUGCAAUAUUGUGAUUCAAAAGGAAAUAAUGUAGACUGUUUUCCAAUUAAGAUUCUAUAAAAGUUACACACGUGCGCGUGUGCGUGCGCGAGUGUGAUUGUCCCAACAAAAAUAUUUAAUCAGUAGACGUACAAUAGACCCUAUUACACCAUACAUUGGAAAACAUUUGCAUUUGCAGGGGGGUUAAUUCUAAUUCAAUGCAUCAUAUAGAUUGAAAAUCCAAUCCAGGAAUUAUUUUUAAUGAGGGAGUUUUUUAUUCUCUAAACUGAGGCGUUUCCUUUUUCUCUUGGCUCUUUGGUGACCUGGAGAAGUAGUAACAAGAUCACACUUCUAGCUGCACCCUUUGUUUCCUCCUUUUGCAGCUAAUAGCCACACAGUUAUUGGAUUGUAUGAUUUGAUGUGCUUUUAUAUGACAUUCGUAUGGCACUCUCCUUGUAUGCAAAUACUAUGAUGAUAGACUUAAGAGAAACACACUAAGUGUGUUGCUGAGAAAAGCUGGAGCCCUGGGACCUGCCACAUAUUUAGUGGUUGUUUAGAGUCAGAGGUUGGCUAUAUAGUAUAUUUGGGGCAAAUGUUUCCCAAGUUGCUUUACUGUAUGCUUAGGGGAGCCAGCUAUAGUUGAGACAUUUUAUGGGAUAACCUCCUCUAUAGGUUUUGGCUAACUUUUACACUCACGUGUAAAAGGACAAUGACAUGGGUUAGGGUUAGUGUGUGUAUGUACUGUAUGUGUUUAGUAAUUGUGAGGUAUUAUGCAUUAUGUGAACAGACAACAGGCUAGCGUGUUACAGAAGAACUCAGAUAAAUUAGAAAUGCAUCAGUCGAUCAUUCAUUCAUACAUAAGCAUUUUUUAUUUAAGAUUUCACAAUGUUUUGGGUGGUUACCUACUUGUAGACAGGAACAGGAACAGGAACGGGAAAGGAAUUGUCUUUCCCUUUGAUCCUUUUCUUAAAUGGCAAUUGUUUAAAAAAUAGUGGGUACUGCUAUUUCAUGCCCAUUCUGAAUACCAAUUGUAAAAAAUGCUUAUAUUCAUAUUCAAUCAGGACCAGUGUUGGGGUGAAUUCAAAUUUGAAUUCAGUCAUUUCAGGUUAUGAUUUGAAAUCAAAUUAAUUCAUUGAAAAUUGCUCAUUAUUAAAACAAAUUGGUAUGUGGACUUUUACAUUUAUUAAUACAAUUUCAGCUCACACCAGGGAUGAAUGAGCUAACAUGAAAUUGACUCCAAAUUUAAAAAAAUAUACUAAUCUCUUUCUUUCCUUUUGAACAAUGUUGCAGUGCAACAAUAGACACUCACGCUUAGAGCAAUGGUGCUUUCUUCAGUUUUCAUUUAUUUUUUAAGUUCCAUGUUUGAAUAUGCAUAUUGUAGGUUGCUGUUUUUCUUGUUUUACACAUUAGAAAAUGCAUUAAAAGGUAUUUUCAGCUGCUGGUCAGUCUUUGAACCUGAAAAAUAUAUUUGAGUUUUCUGUCUGUGACAACGCACUGUAUAAAAAAGUAACCUGUGAGUUGAUUCCACUGUGGAAGAAAGUAUAGUCACAGUACAACCCACUGGGCCAUGGAUCUAUAACAUUAAAAAAAUGUUCACCUGUUACAAAAGGGUGGAUUAAAUUGACUAACGGUAUUUCAGCUUUAUCAUGCAAACAUUUGGAUUCAAACGUCAAACAUGAUAACUUUCAAAAUGUCAAACCAGAGAAGACAAUUUAUUUGUAUUUUUAUUUUACAUAUCAUUUCUUGUGUUGUUGGUUUUUAUGAAAUGGUUCAUAUACUGUGGUAUGUAAACUGAAUUUCCUUCUUAAGGGUGUGUAAUUGCUGUUGGGCACAUUAGUGCACUUGGCAGGCUAGAUACAUUAUUUUAUUCACCAACCAAAAGCAGUGCAUACUGUAACAGUUGAAGAUUGGUUGAUGAUGUUUCUUGUCCUUCAAAAGGAAAUUUGUUACGCAUUAAUCCUGAUGAAUUAUUGAAUAGUAGAAUGAAGUCUAAUUGAAUCCUGACACAAAGUAGCACAUUCUACUGAACAGUACAUUCACACUACUUACAGUGCCUUCAGAAAGAAUGGACUUUUCCAAAAUGUUUGUUGUGUUACAGCCUGCAUUUAAAAUAGAUUAAUUUGAGGUUUUGUGUCACACACAAUAGCUCAUAAUGUCAAAGUGGAAUUAUGUUUUUAGAAAUGUUAUUUUUUUAUUUUAUUAUUGUCAAUUACAUGGCUCACUCUGUGUGCAAUAAUAGUGUUUAACAUGAUUGUUUGAAUGACUACAUCCU